AUGGCGCGCUUUAGUAUCAGUAUCAGUCCCAGUGUUGCACUUAAAAAGAAACAGUCGUUUCUAGGGGACCGCUUUGCGACUGUCGAGGCGACCGACAAGCCCAAAUGGUUAACGCUGGCUGUUUACAACAGUAUGACAUUUGGUAAAAUGCUAUACUGUGCUACUGUUUUGAUAUUCGGAUGUACAAUGUUGUCGUCUGCUUGCGAAAUUGGACUUUCCAAUUAUAAAGGGAAAUUCCUCAAAAGCAACGGACUAUUAGAGAAAAUACUGAAACUGGAGACCAUGCUGAAUACAACGCUUAAAAAGAGAGAAGAGAUGCUUAACCAAAUGCUGGAAAGUCCGUGUAAAGAUCCGCUAACAGGUCAUUUGCGUAUUGAAGAUGUGUCUCACGAGAAAAUGACAAGUCAAAGUUCCCACAAUGCUCUAUACCCUUCUGGUAAUGCUGUUGAUGGCGAUCUCACUACAAUGUUUAUGACGAAUUUCGACAAGAAGCCAUAUUGGUGGGUUGACCUUGGAUCUUCUUUUUCAAUUCAUCAUGUUGAAAUUUGGAACAGACACGAUAACGUUGGUCGUAGACUCCGUAAAUUGGAUGUUCUUGUUGGUCCAACUUUAAGUAAAAUGAAGCUCUGCACUUAUUACAAAGGCCAUGCUAAUAACGGAGAGUUCCUUAUUCUAAAAUGCAGUAAACCUACAAUUGGACGGUUUGUCAAGCUUGCCAUAGGAGUUCAGGAAUGGUUCAACCUGAUGGAAGUUAAAGUGUUUGCGUAUUCAAAGACUUGUUUAGCUGAUGAAUGAACUUAUUAAAGAUAAAAUCUUGUGUUUUU